AUGUUCUGGAGGGGAUUAUUGACAAAAAUCUUCUUUUCAAAUUUCCCAAAUCCCAUCCAAUUGGAAAGAGAGGAAGUCCAGUCGCAAGCCUCCGUCGGUAAAUCAACGGGACAGACAUCAAGGAAACCCACUUCUGACACGAAUUCAGCUUCUUGUGUGGAAGGGGUUGCACAAAAGGCUGUCUGUGAUCUAGAUGAAGUUAGUAAUACCGAGGAUUCCAACUAUCAAUUGGAGGCAAAACGCGCAAACCUUAGCACCUUUGAGCAUUUCGUAAAUGAAAAUAACCUUGAUUUGCGUAGAAAAGCGAAUCAGGAGGUUCCAGAGACCGGUGGAAGAACUAUAGUGGAGGAUAUCGUUGCCGUCUUGGGCUCUGAGGCGAAACGUCCGAUGCGUAGAUGUAGGAGGAGCGCCAUAUUGGCUAGACAGGCUCUGCUUCUUCAUGCUACCAAUGAAGGCGGCGAUGGUGGUGAGGACAGUGAUGAGGACCCCGAUAAGGUGUUGUUGGCUGGAAGCAUGGACGUUAUGCGGAACCAGGCGACGGUCACGCUUUCGCCCCUUUUAAACACGUCAACGACGCCGCUCGUUUCCUCCCAGGAGGACCUACUCCAAGAUGAGAAUCUCAUUGAGGACAAUGAAUUAUCUGUGUCCAAACAAUCAAAUAAUGGUGCGAAAGAAGAGCUCGUUCUUAAUCGAUGCCCCGUAGUGCAGGACUCACGGACACCCUUGGAGAGCAUCCAAUCUUUCCAUCCCGGACCUGCGAGCGUGGAUGCUGCGGGCUUACUCAAAGUUGUUUCACCACCACGCACUCCACCAGCAGCAUUGGUGGAAGUUCUGUCAGACAAAACGCCUGGUGUAACUGUCUGUCAACUCAGUAUUGAGUCUCCUCUGGAGUCGCCUGAACGCGCGAGAAGAACCGCUGUGGCUUUUGAGGAUAAAACCUCUACCAUUCCUCUUCCCAUAGUCAUUCCUAAAGCCUCGCCCCCUCAGAUUGAAGAAGACUUUAAGCCGAAGAUUGGAGAUGAUGUCAACUUAAUGGGACGUAAAUCGGGUCCACUAUGUGCCGUUCCUUCCGUUGAUCUGGACGAUAGUAAAUCGUCAGCACAACAGCUGUCACCUCCUACAAAACGGGUCAGUUGUCCUUUCAGUUCUCCAACGUUUACUUCGAAGACGAAAUCAAUCGAUGCUGAUGCCUUCCUCAGCCCUAUUCAGCCGCCUCCAUCAUCAACUCGUCGCAGUCGGCAAAGUCGCGCUUCUACUGCAAAUAGCACUACUAUCACCACUCUAACCACUGAUGUUGAUUCCACGCUAGAGGAUUCACAAACAGUUAAUCGGUCUGCACCGUCUCCUAUGGUUAUGUCACCCUUUCAACGCCUUGAAGCAGUUGUUAAUGCCAUGGAAUCUCAAGAAAAUGGCGCCUCCAAGCUUCGUGAUUCGCCCACAAACUUGAAGAAAUCGAAACGUCUCUGGGACACCACGGCUACUUACCUUGCAGACGAAUCACCCUGUCCGAAUGCAGUGGGUGUUUUAACCCCAGAUAACAAGCCUCCUCCUCCAGGUGGCCUCAUCGUUCCAGCCUUGGGAAACAAGUUCUUCAACAUUUCGGCAAAGACGAGGGGCGAUAAGAAGUCACUUGACAAGGAGACAUCAUCAAAACGCAAGAGUAUGAAGGGUUGUGCUUCUCCUUCUCGUGGUCGACGUUUCUUUGCGUCUACCUUUGCGGAGCGAAAUAAACGUGAAAUAGAGAAGCGAUUUUUUGAGGUAAUUCAAAGAAAAGCAACCAGUGAGACUAGCAAGAAGGAGAAAAGGCUGGAUGAUGGGCAGCAGCGUCGCAAGUCAUUGUCUAAGAAGAAGGAAAGGGGCGAUGCAGACCGCCUCGAUCUCCAGUUAUGUCAGUUGAUUUUUUCGCCUUGGUGUUCACUGCCUCGCAUUUAUUUUAUAGCUCUCUCCUUGGAAGGUUCGGGUGGCGUAGAGAAGGGGAAAGGGGAGUCAUUUCGACCCCCAAAAGACCCUUCGGGAACUGGUGCCGACGAUGAAUCGGGAUGUCGUCUUCAGUCUCGUCCUGCGAUUCGACGAGCCGCUGCAAUCGCCAGAAAUCGCAUUAUGGAAACAAGCCUCAAUGAGCUGGACUACAGCGAUCAUUCGGUUGUCGGAUCGGCUCUUCCCUCUCCAAUCCCUGUUUCACGGAAAGCAGCAAAAGUGGAGGUGGGUACAACCGGGAGCAGUCUGGACACCAGCCGCCGCUCUGCCCUUGGCCUCUUUGCGCCCACACCAAACACCAGCGGUGUCUACGAUUUCACCCUCUCUGAGGACGAUGAAUUGGUUAAGGGCCUACCGCGCCUCAAGGGGAAGAAUAAGAGUGUAGUGAAGAGGCCGAAAGGCAUGUUGAAGCGGGCAGUCUCUCUGCUUACGGCUACACCAGAGCAUUCUUCACAACCGAUCAUCUCAGCAAGCUUUCUCACCGAUAUGAACCGAUGCGUUGGUAUCGUCUUCUCCACCCUCAACAUCGUGGAGUCGGAAUUCGCACAUCGACUGAACCAACUACGUGACCAGGUGAGGGAGAUGCAACGUCUACUGCGAUGGUGGCAGCAACGUCAUCCACGAGAGGAGGAGGGAAAGAGGGAGGAAGAUAGUGUCGACGUCUAG